AUGAAGCAUCAUGAUGUCCAUGAGCCCAUCUCGCCCGAGCUCAUUGCACACCUCCGACCCCUCAUCUCACUCUCGAUCCUCCUCUUCCCCGUCCUGACAUCUAUACCGCCUAUCCCCCGGCUCCUCUCGCCAGUUCGGUACCUCUUCUCUGACAUCUUGACCCUCGACUCAUUCAUAUCGCCAGAGCUGCCAACCCGAGAUGAGGCGAAGCGGAUAGAAGGGCACGGGCUGCGGUUAUGGAGACAGCUCAUCCUUGUUGGAGGAGGUCUGGCGGGGUUGGUCGGGUGGACAGUGGUGUUCGGGAUGAGCCUUGUGGCUGCCAUUCAGGGAGAGGAAGGCGUGCGGGACGUGCUAGCCGCAGCUGGGAUGAUGAUCGUCUGGAUAUACCUCUUCUCUCAGCCGCUCUUCCGCCCACCGUCGACUCCACCAUGGUCAGCCACGAUUGUCUACUCGUUGCUCUGGCUCUCCUCUCUCGGCGCUCUGGCGCUGGCAGGCUUCCUCAGAGCAGCAAAUGGUCACUUUCCAAAAUGGGCCAGUCCAUUCUGGCUGUCCUUCGAAAUCGUCAGCGUAGUCAUCACCUCGCUUCAGCUUUACGUGGUCGGCGGGCUUCCACUUGCUACUCCAGAAGCUCUCGUCAGAGUCGAAACCGCACCCGACGACCUUGUCACUCCCUUCACCUGGCUCUCCUUCUCCUGGGUCGACUCCUUCAUCCGCCUUGGAAACGAGAAAGAACUCCAAUCGGAAGACAUCCCGAACCUCUCGCCCACGCAGCAGUGUGCGCACGUGUUCCGCAGCUUUAACGAUACGAAGGCGCGAAACCUGCUGUGGAAGAUCCUGCUGGCGAAUCGGAUGGAUAUUAUACUGGAUGCGGUAUUGACGCUGGUCAGUGUCGUGCUGAACUAUGCGGGACCGUAUUUCCUGAAGCAGAUCCUGGAUGGGUUGACCGACCGGACUGCAAGAGCUAUGAGCCAGGCAUACGUUUAUGCCAUGUUGGCUCUCGCUGCUACGACAAUCAAGGCUGUCACUGAUCUACUGCAUCUCUGGCACAGUCGGCGUGCGACUGUCAGAAUCAAGACCGAGCUCAUUGCCGCUAUAUACGACAAGUCUCUGAGGAGAAAAGACGCCUCAGGCGUGAUCACCAAGAAGGAUGCAGAAGGCGAAAGCGAUAGCAAGGAUGCCGAGGGCAAACCGAAAGAGGAAAAGAAGACCAAUGCGGACGCAGGCAAGGUCGUCAAUCUCAUGGCGGGCGAUACCAACCGGAUUGCUAAUACCGUGGCUGGAGCAUACUAUAUCUACUCAGCUCCACUUGAACUGAUUGUCGCUUCGGUAUUCCUGUAUAACAUCCUCGGCUGGUCCGCCUUUGUUGGCAUGGCCGUCCUUGCUAUCGCUAUGCCUCUCAACUCGAUGGUCUCGAAACGCAGCGUCAAGAUCACGCAGGAUCUGCUGAAAGCCAGAGAUGGGAGGAUCAGCGUGAUGAACGAGCUGAUUGGAGCGAUUACGUUUAUCAAGUUCUUUGCUUGGAGCUCGCAAUGGAAAGAGAGGGCGACAAAGGCACGAGCGAACGAGAUGAAGCAGAUGGUCAGAUCCUUGAUCAAUUCGGUCUACUUCUCGCUCCUGUGGGCACUGGUUCCUAUAUUCGUCACCCUGAUGGCUUUCUUCUGCUACGUCUUGGUUGCCAAGCAAGACCUUACGGUGUCCGUCGCCUUUACUGCGAUUUCUCUCUUCGGCAUGUUGCGCAUGCCGCUCAACUUCAUCCCUGUCUUUGUCGUCAUGAUUCUGCAAGCACACGUAUCGGUCAAGCGUAUCGAGGACUUCCUGGGCGAGGAUGAAGUGCCCGAGUGGGUCUCAAGCCUAAAGCGGUCGUCAGAGCCACCGCUCGUCAAGACCAAGAUCAGCUUUGAGAACGCCUCCUUCGCCUGGAAUUCUGGAAAACAGGACGAGGCAGAUCCAACCGUCACUGUCGACCCUACCACCGCUUCCGCUGUCCCCACAACCCAAGCUGCUGUGCCCAACACCUCAAUCGACGCCACCGCCGUGGUCAAGACAGACGACGCCGACUCGCGGUUCCAGCUCUCCGACCUGUCCGUUGUCUUCCCCCUCGGCAAGCUCACGGUCAUCACAGGACCCACUGGAUCAGGCAAGACCGCCAUCCUAACUGCUUUGCUCGGCGAGAUGGAGCUGCUCUCCGGCUCCUCUCAUCUCCCCAAGUUCACGCAGCAGGUGGACAAGCGGGCUCUGAGGAAUAGCGUGGCGUACGCGAGCCAGACGGCGUGGUUGCAGCAAAAGUCGAUCAGGGAGAAUAUCCUAUUUGGCGAAAAGAUGGACGAAGAGCGAUAUGAGAGUGUUCUGGAGGCGUGUGCGCUUUUACCGGAUCUGGAGGUGUUGGAGGACGGGGAUCAGACGGAGAUCGGGGCCAAGGGUGUAUCGCUCAGCGGGGGUCAGAAGGCGAGGGUAGCCCUAGCGAGAGCUGUAUACUCGUAUACGCAGCAUGUGCUGCUGGACGACCCGCUGGCGGCUGUGGACUCGCAUACCGCCAAGCACCUGACGGACCGGUGCCUAAAUGGUCCAAUUCUGAAGGGUCGAACGAUUCUCUUGGUGUCGCACCAUGUCGAGCUCCUCCUCCCCUCGGCGAACUACAUCGUUCGAAUCCUGGACGGCCGGAUCGACGCGCAAGGCACCCCCGCGGACCUUCGGGCACGGGGCGAGCUCGACGGCCUCGUCGCCAUGGAAGAAGCCGAGAUCGCCAAGGAAGAGCCAGUCACUGCCGACAAGGCCAUCGACGAUGAGAUCAAGGUCGUCGAUGAGGUGGCGAGUACAGCCGUCAGUGAUGAUGCUGGCUCGACGAAGGGGGAGGAGCGGAAAGGCAGGAAGAAGGCGCCAGGGAAGAAGUAUGUUCAGGAUGAGGAGAGGCCCGUCGGGAAUGUCAAGUGGGAGACGUACAAGCUGUACAUCGUCGCUGCCACGUAUAUCACCUGGGCGUGGGCUUUGCUUAUUCUCCUCAUCUCGCAGUUCUUUUCGGUGGGAGAACGAUACUGGCUGAAGAUCUGGGGACAGGCCUACCUCGUCCGCUCCGCUCCAUCAUUCUUCUCGUUCGCUCAGCCUUCGACGCUGGGGUACCACCACGACCUCAACGCUCAUCAGCACAUCCUCCACAUCGCCAACUCCACGAUGUCCGCGGCGAACGAGACAUUCUCAAGUUGGCCGUUCCAUGACUUACCGCCUGCGCGCACUCACCCGCUCUUCUAUCUCAUCAUGUACUCGGGCAUCGUCAUAGGUACAGCCAUGCUUGGGGUCUUCUCGAAUAUCGUUGGGUCUUGGGGGCAGUAUCGUGCAGCCAUAAACUUACAUGAUAAGCUACUCGAUACGGUCAUGAGCGGUACUAUCCGCUUUUUUAACGUCACACCUGUCGGUCGGAUUCUGAACCGGUUCUCGAAGGAUAUCGAAACGAUCGACUCGUCUCUCAACUCAGGGCUUCGGACGGUCAUUAUCUACGUCGCGAACCUAUUUGGAGCGCUGGCGGUGGUGGCUGUUAUUGUCCCUUGGUUCCUGCUGCCUGCGGCCAUUAUCAGCUGGCUGUAUCUGCAGUACUCGAUCUUAUACUUGAGGGUCGGACGGAGUCUGAGGCGACUCGAAGCUAUCUCUCGAUCACCCAUAUACUCUGGAUUCGCUGAACUGCUCGACGGAGUGGUUUCGGUCCGAGCCUUCUCAGCAGAGUCGCGCUUCCUGGCGCAGCUCUGCGAGCAGGUCGACAAGAUGCAAGCCGCGCACUAUUACUACUGGAUGAUGAACCGAUGGCUUCUUAUCAGGUUCGAUGUCCUCGGCGGUGUCUCCGUCUGCCUGACCACACUCUUCGCCCUCACAGGCGCCAUUGAUCCCGGAUCCGCCGGUAUGGCGAUCCUCUCCUCCCAAUCCUUCGUCAUGGGCUGCUACUGGGUCUCGCGAUUCUGGGGCCAGCUCGAGAUGGACUUCAACUCGGUCGAGCGGGUCCAAGAAUACCUCCACAUCCCACAAGAACCACCCGCCAUCAUCCCAUCAUCCCGCCCGCCCGCAUAUUGGCCGAGUAGUAAUCCCGCCUCGCCCGAGGGGUUCCUUAGCGUUCGGGACCUCGAGAUCCGGUAUGCGCCCGAUCUGCCGACGGUCUUCAGUGGGAGCUUUGAGAUUAAGGCGGGGGAGAAGAUUGGGUUGAUUGGACGGACGGGAAGUGGCAAGUCGACUUUGGCGAUGAGCUUUUUGAGGUUCUGUGAGCCGUACAAGGGUGGGAUAUGGCUGGAUGGGCUGGAUAUCACCUCGAUGGGGGUGGACGAUUUGCGGUCGAGGAUUACAUACAUCCCACAAGAUGCUGUCCUCUUCUCAGGCAGCGUCCGGCUCAACCUCGACCCCUUCGAUGAGCACACCGACGAAGAACUCAUGGACGCCCUCGCGCGGGUCAACCUCGGUACCGACUCCUCCCCCACCGCUUCGCGCAUCCCUAGUCGCGUCCCCUCCGCCCACCGUCUUGCCGCUCUCGCGGCUGAAGAUGAUGGCCCAUCCUCCUCCAACCUAUCCACCACGUCCGUCACCGCCACCCGGAAGACCCCGGGCAUUACCCUUCAAUCUGAUAUCUCUGCGGGCGGCGCCAACUUCUCCCAGGGCCAACGUCAAUUAAUAGCGAUGGCACGAGCGUUGCUCCGCCGGUCCAACCUUAUCAUCAUGGACGAAGCGACAGCGAGCGUAGACUUCGCCACCGAUGAAGCUAUCCAGCGGGCCAUUCGGUCCGAAUUUGGCGGGUCCACUUUGAUCACCAUUGCGCACAGAUUGAGCAGCGUGAUUGAUUAUGAUAGACUGUUGGUCUUGGCGGAUGGCAAAGUGGCCGAGUUUGAUACACCAAUAAAUCUCCUGCGGAAGGACGGAUCACUAUUCAAGAAUCUGUGCGAAAAGUCUGGCAAGUACAAGGAUCUGUACAAGGCGGCGGAGAAGAAGGAGAAGGGAGAACUGCUGGUGGAUGUAUAA